AUGUUUGUCAUUUUUUGACAUUUCCAGAAUCUCUGUGAUAAUAAGAAUAAUUCCUUYCAUAUUUGGGAACCGCUGCUAGAGAUCAAGACAAGACAAAUAUGGAGACUUUAAAUAUGAAUGAUGUACAUACAUCUGGGCUUUCAACGAGUGAAAUAUUUCUUCGAGUACCUCGGUUGAACGAACAUGAUAUUGACGAAAAUUUGUCGGAAAUCGAUGUAGAGACGAUCGAAGAAUUUGAAGAUGCAUGGCAAGAGUUUCUUUCUUCGCGUCCCGGGGUCUUGCCGCCUGGACGGAAAAUCAAGAAGUGCAAACAAAUCGAGACUCAGAUGAAAGAAAUAGAAGGAAAGAAACAAAACGUAUGCUUGGAACUUCAGCGACAUCUUGAUUUCUUUGCUGCAUCCAGGGACAAAGUAGAAGAAAAGUAUAAGAAUGCAAAAGAAGAUGCAAAACUUCAGCAGAAGAAUAUCAAAGAAGAACUUGAGCACGAAAUUGAUGAAAUUGCAAAAGCCGACAAACUCCUUUCUGAUGUUUUGCCAUGGGAACACUUUUUUGAAAACCUCGAAUCUAACACAACGGCGGUGCAUAACGGAAGUGUUGCAUCUAUGAGUGCUGGCACAAGUCAGAGCCAACAAGUGAAACCCUCCGCUGAAGCGCUUUAUUUGGCAGACAUUCGACCUGGUGAAGUUUUCUACGCAGCCAGACGCGGAACAUCCAAGGCGCAUUUUCUUCGCGCCUACCGUAUUGACAACGCCCUGCUCAAGGCGAAAGCAGCGAUGCUCCGCCGCGAAACGGAACGUCUGGAAAAAGUUGUCAAGUCAGAGCAGAUGUUGUCUCAAAUUCUGACAGAGAAUGAUGUUUGGGGAGUCAUGGCUGCAAGUAGGUGACGAACAGCACUAYUUUUUAUUUAUUUGUAAGACGAAGCUCUGCCGGACAAACAUAACUUCUGAAACAUGACUUCUGAUACACGACUCCUGACACAUAAUUGACUGUAUAUCUGGUACUCGCUCAUCACUUUUGCGAUGAAUACGAGAAAGAUGAGAGAAAAACGACGAUAAGAAAAAUUUGGAUUUAGAUAACAGUACGAAUUUCUUUGCUCUUAUUUUCGAAUUUGAUCCAUUCAUUAGAUAGCAGAAAUACUGCGCCGGUAUUAAUAACUACGACGAAAAACCUUAUGCGGCGUUGUAAAAUAAACAAUCUAUUUCCGUACUAACUAACUUUCACACUUUCGGGCGUUUCCAUUCUAUUCCAACUCGUUCAGCUUCGCAUUCUGAUUCAAAGUAAUGAGAGCUUUGUUGGAGAUUUUCUUGAAACGGUUGUACUCCUUACGUUAGUGGACAACCCACUUGGCCAAUGGCGAAGGGCUGGUUUCGGUGUAGGGAACAUUGCAUUAUCCCAUCUGGCGCUGGAAGGUUUCAAGCUUAUUGAACAUAUCAUCCCAGGAUGUAGGAGAGGGAUAUUUUUCCCACCAGAAAAAUCUAUACUCUCAAGCUUGGUGACACUCUCGGCUUUGAGUUUUGUAUUUUGGUAAGCAAAUUUUUUAUUGUUAACAAGCUCUGAUGUUUGGGUUCUUGGCAAGUGAAACUUUGCAGUUACCAUUUUCCCUGCUGAACAUUAUUGACCAUUGGUCAAUCGCAUCUAUAACAGAGCCUUCGUCAUCGCUCAAGGUCUCCUCCUCCUCUUCCUGUUUGGUUUGUAUCGUACUGCGUUGAUCUAACAUCUUUGACAGAGCAAUAGCCUGAUUCUCGUAUUGUCACACGCAUAGUCAAUUCUGCGYUGGAUAGCUCUUCGAUAGUCAUGACUGUGUCUAAAUCAGUAACAAACAUGAGUAUGUCAUUUCCCUCUCUUUUGUUCGAACCGUCAGAAAUCCUAAAACUGUUUGAAUGGUUAAAGUUUAUGCGUCCGUU